AUGGUGAUUAGACUCGCUGCUGCUCACAAUCGUAUGCUCGGGUCCGUCUACAACUACUUCUUUGGUGCCAGGCAAGCGGCUUCGCCAAAGGCUCGUCUGUACGCCACCAACAAUGUGGCGUUUCCUCCAGAGGUUUCGUCGCUGUUCCAUCCUCGCUUGACCACCAUCUUCCAACAGUUGGAUGCCAUCGCGCCCAGGUUCACCACCAAAGGCUCCAACAUUGAGGUCUUGACGAAUCCAACUGACUUCUAUGCCAAGUUGAAACAAAAAAUCUUGAACGCUCAGUCGAAAGUGUUUCUCAGCUCUUUGUACGUGGGGAAGGGCCAGGUGGAGCUUGUCGAGACGCUUUCAGAGGCGUUGGCGAAAAACGAAGAGUUGAAAGUGUACAUCUUGACCGACGCUCUACGCGGCACUCGUGAAGCUCCCAACAACCCGUCCUCUGCAUCUUUGCUUGUUACGCUCGUGGAAAAGUACGGCAAACACAGAGUCGACAUUAGAAUGUACCACACCCCUCACUUGAGUGGUUUCAAGAAGAAUUUGGCUCCGAAACGUGUCAACGAGAGCUUCGGCCUCCAGCAUAUGAAGCUCUAUGGUUUUGACAAUGAGGUGAUGCUUUCUGGGGCCAACUUGUCCCAAGAUUACUUCACUGACCGUCAGGACAGAUACUAUUUGUUCAAGGAUGCUGCCAUAACUGACUAUUAUUUCAAAAUCCAUAAAGCCGUGGCCAGUCUUUCUUAUCAGCUCUUGACAACUGCGAAGCCUCAUAAACAUCAGACUUUCCGUUUGUCGUGGCCAACUUCAAACAAGUCGUGCGAGCCAGAUAUAAACUUCCACCGCUUUAUUUCCGACUCAUCUCAUUUGCUCGAGCCCUUGUUGAAGCAGCACCAACUCAAUGACUUUGAGCAGUAUACUGAUACGGACGAUUUCGACACCAUUGUUUACCCUGUUUCUCAAUUCACUCCUUUAUUUCAUGCUCAGAACGACGCUUCAACCGAGAAACCAGCUAUUUUGCGUCUUUUGACAUUUUUAGAUUCAUCAAAAAUCAAGUGGUGGUUCACAGCGGGGUACUUCAACAUGCUUCCGCAAAUUCAAGACAAGUUGUGCAACGGUAAAGCAGCAGGCACCGUGAUUACAGCAUCUGCCAAGGCAAAUUCAUUCUACAAAUCCCCCGGUGUUUCUUAUUACAUCCCGGAGGCGUAUUUAUUGAUCGCAAAAAAGUUCUUGGAGGAGCUCAAGCGCAGAGAAAAAGACGAACUCAUCAAAUUAUAUGAAUGGCAAAAUGGUGUCGUAAACACUCCUGGUGGCUGGUCAUAUCAUGCCAAGGGAUUGUGGAUUACAGUUCCAGAAGAAGAUGAACCUUGCAUCACCGUCAUCGGAUCUUCCAACUUCACCAAACGUGCAUAUUCGUUAGAUUUAGAGACAAAUGCAAUUGUCAUCACCAAGGAUGAAGACUUGAAGCAUCGUAUGCGGUCAGAAAUUGAUAAUUUAAUGUUGCACGCUCAUCGCUUGCAGCUCGAAGACUUUAAACCCAAGUUGAAACAACCUACGGAAAAACAAGAAGAGAAGCUCGAUGCUCAAGGAAACCCCAUUACACCUCUUGAGGUGUAUGAGGUUGGCGAGGACCGUAAGAUUAGUUACGGUGUUCACUUGGCAUUGAAAUUCUUUGGAGGGAAACUCUGA